ACAGGAUUGGCAAUCAUGAUUGCUAUGCAGUAGGUAAUUUGUUCUAUCUUAUUCAUUUAUGUUUUUAACUACUUUAUUUUUUUCUAUAUUGUUAUGUCAACUAAUUAUUUUAUAUGUUGCUGAAGGGUCUUGACACUGCAAUUCUACAGUUACUUCCAAAUGCAGAACAAAGAAUGUAUGCAAAAUACAUUUUGGCUAAUUGGUCUAAAGAUUGGAGAGGCAUUAAAAAAGGAAUUGCUUCUAGAAAUGUGCUAAGUCAACAUAUGAGCAAGAGUUGAAAAGAAUACUAGAUCAUAUGGAGAUGUUAGGUAAUAAAAUUUAUGAAGAUCUUCUGUGGUACAACAUCGAAAGGUGGUUUAAGGUUUAUUUCAGUACUUUUAGUUGUUGUGAUAAUGUUGAUAAUAACAUGGCUGAAAGUUUUAACUCAUGAAUUCUGGGGGCAAGAUACAAUACUAUUAUCACAAUGCUUGAGGAAAUAAAGGUCAAAGUAAUGAAAAGAAUAACAGAGUUGAGCCAGUUCUCUAAGACUUGGAUAAGUGACAUUUCUCCAAUGGCUUUAAAGGUAUUGGUUAAGAACACUUCAAAAUCAAUGAAGUGUACCCUUUAAAAUGGUGAAUAUGAUUUUGAGGCUAAGGACAGUUGAGGCAAUACAUUUAUAGUGCAACUGAAUGAUAGAACAUGUACUUGUAGAUCUUGGAUGUUAAAAGGCUUAUCUUGUUGUUAUGCUAUAGCUGCACUUUAUUUUAGAAGAUUAGAGCCUAUUACCUAUGUCUCACAUUGGUAUAAGAAGGAAGCAUACCAAAAGACCUAUAGCUUUUUAAUUCAGCUUGUUACUGAAAUGUAAAUGUGGCCACAGUUAACCAAUCUUUCUAUUAUACCACCAAAAAUUAGGAAAAUGCCAGGCAGUCCCCUUAAGUCAAGAAAGAAAGAGGAAACUGAGAAUAAGACAGGUAAAUUAUUCAAAAGAGAUACUGAAAUGACCUGCAACACUUGUCAUGCAAAGGGUCAAAAUAAGAGGAGUUGUCCUUUUGGUGCAAAAGCAAUAACUGGUAGAGGAAAAGGGCCAAGUUCAAGUGCUGGUUCUUCUGUAGCUCCAAGUCAGUCUCAAACAAGCACAAGCAAAGAAAGAGGAAGAACAAAUCGGCCUACAAAACAGGCUAUUGUAGUUGUUGCUGCUAUAAAUGUAAUUGGUGGUAUUGGAAGGGAAAGAGGGACUUAAAAGAGUAAAGAGAUUGUUGUUCUUGCAUCUAAUGUUGGUGGUGUCAAUGGAAGAGGAAGAGAGACUUGCAGGGGUAAAAGGAUUGCUGCUCAUGCAGUUAAUAUAGGUGGUUCCACUAGAAGGUGAAGAGGGACUUUUAGGGGUAGAGGGACUGCUGCUGUUGUUGCAAAUACUAUCGGUGUCAUUGGAAGGGGUACAUGGAGUGAUGCUACUACGUCAAAUACUGGUGAUUUCAGUGAAAGGGGUAGAGGGUUUGUUGAUCCUGUAUCUAAUCUUGGUGGUGUUACUAGUAGGGGUCGAGGGAUGUGUUUUAAAAGACCAAGAAUGGUUGGGAUGGGUGUUCUACAUACAUAAAGUGAUUUUAAAAUUCAUAAUGUAAGUGCUUGAAUGAUUUUACACUUUUCAAUAUUCAAGUUAAUCAUCAAAAGACUAAUUAUUUUUUCUUUAAUCCAGCCUAGAAUGCCUUUGAAUUCCUCUCUUGUAACUGAAAAUCUUGGGCAUCAUAAACCAAGAUCAGGUGUGAAAUAGAAAGAAAAGCCUGCUGUCACCCAACAAGGACUUCAAGAAAUAAGAGCAUAAAAAAGAAUGAAGACAAGUACCAAAGCUGUAUAAAUGAAUUAGUUGAGCCAAACAAGUUCUUCAGCUGUCUAGUCUUAGAAGUACGA